CUGCGCGCGGCUGUACCUGGGUGCCUGGCCAUUCCUGCUGGUCGUUCUUGCUCCGCGUCUCGUUCGCCGCGGCUGCCGCCCGCCAGCGCCGCCGCCCCCGCCAUGGGCCUGGAGCUCUACCUGGACCUGCUGUCCCAGCCCUGCCGCGCCGUCUACAUCUUCGCCAAGAAGAAUGCCAUCCCCUUCGAGCUGCGCACCGUGGAGCUGCUCAAAGGCCAGCAGCACAGCGAUGCCUUUGUCCAGGUAAACCCCCUGAGGAAGGUGCCAGCCUUGAAGGAUGGGGACUUCACCUUGGCUGAGAGUGUGGCCAUCCUGCUGUAUCUGAGCCGAAAGUACAAGACCCCUGACCACUGGUACCCCCAGGACCUGCAGGCCCGUGCCCGCGUGGAUGAGUACCUGGCGUGGCAGCACACAGCUCUGCGGAGUAGCUGUAGCCGGGCCAUGUGGCAGAAGUUGUUGGGCCCUGUGUUACUGGGUGUACAAGUGCCCCCCGAAACGUUGGCGUCUACUCUGGCCGAGCUGGACAGGAACCUGCAGUUGCUUGAGGACAAGUUCCUGAAGGACCAGGCCUUCCUCACCGGGCCCCACAUCUCAGUGGCUGACUUGGUGGCCAUCACAGAGCUGAUGCAUCCCGUCAGCACCGGCUGCCAAGUCUUUAAGAGCCGACCCAAGCUGGCAGUGUGGCGCCAGCGUGUGGAGGCCGCGGUGGGGGAGGACCUCUUCCAGGAGGCCCAUGCAGCCCUCAUGAAGGCCAAGGACCUGCCUCCACUGGACCUGGCCAUGAGGGAGAAGCUGAAGGCUGCGGUGCAGGUUUUGUUGCAGUGAGUAGGGAGCCAGGCCUACAGAGCCACUGACGACAAGGGAGACUCUGUCGUCAGAAUAAAGAGAUGCCUCUCCUUGGCUGUGAGCAAGCAUAGUCUCUGGUCCACACUUCCCUCCAUGCAUCAGGCCUGCAUUCCUUCUUUUGUCUGUCUCCUCACUCCACUCUUACCCCUUCCAGUUCAAUUUCCAUGUGACCUCUGCAGAGAGCUUUAAUAAACACAUAUUUGACCCUGU